CUGUGUUGUAAUUCUAAUCAAUUUCAUAAUAUCCAAUUAUCAUACAGGCCAUAUGUGUGUGUGUGUGUUGGCCGACCAGUAAACGAAUUAGAUUAUACAAUUUUCACUUGGUGAACUCGAUCGUUAUUGUUGUAGUCUGAAGAGCACAUCUCAUGUGCAUGCACACCGACACAUACACAUACACAUUUGUAGCCAAAUACACACUGGUACACUGCUGCACACAUUUAUGCACAGAAAGACAUGAGCACGCAUAUUCAUAAAUAAAAGACUACUGAAUACACCUACCUACCUACCUACUUACUAAGCUAGAGGAAAUUGUAUUCGCCUAUUAUAUAGGUGUAAAUAACUGGUUUACGGUGCAUUCAUUGUAGUAAACAACAGUUCAAGCUGUUGUUGUUUUUCUUUUCUUUCUUUCAUAACUGGAAGGAGCCUCUAGCUUACUGUUAACCAUAAAAUCACAAGUCAAAUUUCGUACAAAAUGGCUUGGUGCUUUACGGCCUCAAAAUUUAUACUUUUCUGUUUGAAUUUUUUAUUCGUGCUGAUUGGAUUAGCGUUAGUUGCAAUUGGAGCAUGGGUUGCAGCAGAUAACCAGGGUUUUCUUGAUACAGUACAAUUCUUCUCCUCAAAAGAAUCAGUUGAACUUCAACUAUAUCAAGGAACAUCAGUGGUAUUAUAUUUCAGUUAUGGUGUCAUUGUAACCGGAGGAUUAUUAGUGAUUAUCACUUUUAUUGGCUGUUGGGCUGUAGUCAGUGAGAAUCGUGGAUUACUCAUAGCUUAUACAGCUCUACUGAGUUUAUUGGUUUUACUUCAAGGCGGAGCAGCUGCAGCUAUGGGCGGUACACUUGAUAUGUGGACAAAAGACUACGAGAAUACAACAGCGAGUCGAUUUUUAAAAAAUUAUGUUGGUACAUUUGGAGCUUUCAAUGUCUCAGAGUAUGAGCCUUAUUCACUUACUAUGGAUAUACUAAUGAUAGAGCUUAACUGUUGUGGAUUAAAUGGCGCUUCAGACUUUACAAAUACUCAGUCACGAUGGUAUAUUCAAGGUCGAAAAUAUUUAGACGUGGCUUCCGGUGAUACCGUUAAAAUUCCACCAGCGUGUUGUAAAUACACUUCAAAAGAAUUCUUAAAAAAAUAUGAUUACAAUGCAUUUAAGGAUAAUCUUGAAGAUCAAAAUUGUGUACAGACAACAGCUGCAUCGAACAGUAAUCAAGGUUGUUUAGCUGCAUCGAAGAAAAAAGUGUUUAACAAAGGGUUGCCAUACAUUGCGAUUCCAAUUAUCAUUGUUGUAUUACAGCUCGUCUGUAUUGGAGUUUCCGCCUAUUUAAUCACAAAAAUUAAGAAAUGGGAUGAAGAACUUUACUACUAAGCACUAGAAUUCUUUAGAUGGCCUUCACUCCUUCCUACCUUCCCUUCAGUAAAGAUAUAAAUUCAGCAUAUUCCAGGAUUAUAGAUUCAUAUGUGAAAAAAACAAACAUUGUUUUCUUCAGGAGCAAAACCACUGUAUUAAUUAGCUCCAUAUACGACAGUUUAAAAAUUGUCUUCUCUUUUAUGUUGCUCCUAAUUUCGGAAGAUAAAAUGCACAAAAAGAAAACACCGGUUCAAUGCAAAAACAAAAUCUGCUGUAUACCUGCCCAUGUAUUGCAUCGUAUAAAAAAAUAAACUAUCCGUUUUUCUUUCGUUCAUUUUAUUUUUUAGAAAUCUGGUUAUUUUAAAUGAAUCAAAAUAAUUUUGUGUGGAUUUUUUUUCAAGCAUAUACAUGUAUUCGCUUUCUACUAUUAUCGUUCAGUCAUACAUACUUUAGCCUCUAUUAUUCACUGUGGAUUGAUUAUCUUGUAAAUGCACAUGAGUGUAGGCAUAUUUCCUGUGUUUUCUUUUAUAUAUUUCAAUAAUUCUAUCUCCUUUUAAUUGAUUUUCAUGAGGGAGUAUUAUGUAAUUUAAAUAAAUAUUAUGGUUUGAAAAUAUGAUAAAAAUAACUGGUGA